AUGUACUACACAACACCAACAGUAGAUAAGAGGAGCCCUGUAUUACAGGAUACUCGACACAACAUGGACAAAGGUCUCCCAGCGACCUUCCACAACGGUUUCCACAAUGAAGAAUCCGUUCGGAAAAUGAGAUAUAACCGACUAGGGAAAACUGAUAUGGAGGUAUCAAGCCUCAGUUAUGGUGCAGCUGCUUUAGGAAGCGUUUUUAGAGAUACUGAUGACGCAGAAGGAUUAAGCGUUGUGGAAUACGUCAUCAAAAACGGUGUGAACUACAUUGAUGUUGCGCCUUGGUAUGGUCAUGGCAAAGCUGAAAAGGUUCUUGGUCGGGCUUUACAGAACAUACCUAGAUCGUCCUAUUUCAUAUCAACAAAAGUGGGUCGAUAUCUACCGGACAUUGAUCAAAUGUUUGACUUCAGGGCAGAGCGCACUAUCAGGAGCGUAGAUGAAAGUUUAACGAGACUAGGUUUAGACAAAGUCGAUCUUAUACAGAUACAUGAUAUUGAAUUUGCUGAUAAUACAGAUAUAAUCAUCAACGAAACAUUGCCAGCACUUCAAAAAGUAAAAGAGAGUGGAAAGGCAAGAUACAUAGGGAUUACGGGAUAUCCAUUAAAUCUACUAAAGGAGGUAGUGGAAAAAAGUGUGGUCAAAGUGGAUACUAUCUUAUCAUACUGCAGAGCAUGUAUGCAUGACAACUCAUUACUAGACUACCUGCCGUAUUUUCACGAAAAGGGGGUUGGAGUAAUAAAUGCUUCGCCAGUAAGCAUGGGUCUACUCACAGAUCGAGGUCCACCAGACUGGCACCCAGCUCCCGAAAACGUCAGAUGUAAUUGUGCCAAAGCCUCUGCUUACUGCAAGGAAUUGGGAAUGGAUUUUUCACGAUUGGCACUGUCCUAUUCACUUGACCUGCCACUCGCAACGACACUAUUUAGUUCAGCAAGUUUAACAAAUGCAAAGAAAAAUCUAGAUUCUCUUGUCGUGCCUUUGACCGACAUAGAGAGCAAUACGAAGGAGGAAAUUAUGAAAAGAUACAUGGCGCCGUUGAAGAACCAGAACUGGGAAGGUUUAGAAGUGGAGGAUUAUCGGGCUAUCUUAAGUGGAGAAAAAACUACAUCUACCAUACUUGCUUAA